AUGGAAAGACGUGGUUACAGAACCAUUAUUGCGUAUUUGGACGAUUUCCUUAUCAUCGGAGCGACAUAUGAAGAAUGCCGCCUAGCCUUCGAAACGUUGAUCGAACUGUUGACGUGUUUAGGUUUCGAAAUAAACUGGCGUAAGGUGGUUUAUCCUACACAACGGAUAACCUUCCUCGGCAUUGACAUUGACGCGGUGGAGCGAACACUCUCAUUGCCGAGCGGCAAACUGAGCGAAACGCGGACAGUACUGAGCGACAUGAGCGGGCGGAAGCGGAUUUCGAAGCGGGAGCUGCUCAGCCUAUUAGGCAAGCUAAACUGGGCGGCUCGAGUCGUCCGUGGCGGACGGACUUUCAUGCGGAGGCUAAUUGACCUUUCCAAAACGUUGCGCCGCCCCCACCACUACGCCAGGCUUUCGGGGGAGGCGAGAGCAGAUUUGGAUUGGUGGACGAACUUCAUGGCGAAGUUCAACGGGACAGCGGUCUUCCUCGACAGAAACCCUGUCCCUCCUACAAUAUUCAACACAGAUGCGUGCGAUAGCGGAGGAGCGGCCUUCUAUAGCGGUGACUGGUUUUAUGUUUCAUGGCGUCAUGACGACCCUGACAUGUGCGAUAGGCACAUUAACGAGAAAGAACUCUACACUAUCAUAUUGGCGGCGAGAAGAUGGGGGUCCCUGUGGUCAGGCAAACGUCUCAUCGUGUUCGCUGACAGUGACAGUUCAGUCUGUGCCAUCAACAAGGGCACGUCCCCAUCACCCCCCUUCAUGCGAUGUAUCAGAGAACUAUUCUGGAUUUCGGCAGAAAACAACUUUUCCUUGCAGGCCCGCCACGUGAAGGGCAAGGAAAACACUCUGGCUGACGCCCUGUCGAGACUUAAUGAUCCUGUGCAUGCUGAGUUAGCCAGGAGCAGGGUAGAGCAGUGGAAACUUGAGAACGCGGACAUCUCAGUUGACUGCCACCAGCCCCAUUUAUCACACCACGCACGGUCGGCCCUGCCCACCCAGGCCACCUCCUGGAUACCAACACUGCAGUAG